CAGCUACGUGGUGUGUGACGGGUGCAGCAGAUGGCGCUACUGCAAGAAUAUCACCAGCAGGGGCGACCUCUGCAUCUGCGGCAAGAACCUCGCCUGCCUCGUCCCCGACGGUCAUGUCUUCCGUGACGACGAUGGUGGGUGGCUGGCAGCACAGCCCCAAGGAGGAACCUCGCCCAGGAUCAGCUGGGCAGAUGGUUGGCAGCCAGGUGGUGGUGCAGGCGGGAAAGGACAAGGAGGCCAACGCCAGCCACCACCUCAUGACAAGACUGUCGACCUCAAGGCUGCCGCCGCAGCAGUUUACAGCAAGCUCAGCAAGGACGGCCCGCUCAGGCAGCACUACGAGGCCCUCUGGCCAGAGCUCGCCGCAGCCAAGCCACCAGCAGACCAACCAGUCGUUGGAUUCAUGGCAGUGGAGGCAGCUGCUCGACGCUUGGACAAACUCCAGAAGAAAGUACGAUCGGCAGGGGAGCAAGUUGAGAGUGCCCAGCAGCACUUGGCUGAGAGUGAACGCAAGCUCCGUGAAGCCAUGGAAGCCUCCAUUGCAGCCGAAGAUGAGUUCGACAAGCUCAAGGCCAUAGUCGGCAAGCAAGAGGCACCAGCUGAACCUGCAGCCGAGAAGCCAACUCUGGCAGCCCUCCUGGAGCAGUUCGAGCAUGAGCCUGACGACUUCCACAAGUGGUCCGAGCCCGACAAGCAGGUCUGGCGAGCAGCAAAGGCCAAGGGCGAGCGCAUGGCCCAGACGGUCAAGGAGCACGAGGAGGAGACGGCGAGGCACCUGCGACUACUGGAGGAAGAGACGGCCAGGCACCAGGAGCAGCUGCGCCAGCUCGAGCAGGUGCCACCACAUGCACUGAGGCAGCAGGGACAGCUGCCGCGGCUGCGCCCACCGGCGCCGCAGCAGCUGCCCAACCAGAAGCAGGCGCAGCAGAACAUGACAAAGCAGAAGAACGCCGAGCCAGAGUGGAGGCCCACAUCCAGGAGGCGCGAGAGAAGGUCUCGCAGGCUAGUCGCGCCGAGACAGUCGUCGACGCAGAAGGGCAAGGUGACCACUCAGCAGGGUAGCCGCCCCAAGGCGAGCGCGAAGAAGGCUCGCCGCCCGUGCCACAUCGACUUCUUCAACGUCACGACCUGGGGCCCCCAGGCACAGGGCUACCUCAUGGAGAUCAACAAUACCAAGGACAGGGGCAUCAUUGGCAUCGCGGAGCACCACCCCCGCCAGCCUGCGCAGAUAAGAUCCUUUGACAUCCUGGACAGGAUCGCGGGUUUCGAUGAGCACUACCUGCACGAGGACGGCAGUGACGUCACGGUGGUGAUCUCCAACCUGCACAAGGUCCGUUUCGCAGUGGCUUUCGUCUACCUUGAGUGUGGGACGGGCUUUGGAGAGAGGAACGUCGACAUCCUCUGCGACCUGCGGGAGAAGGUGGCCGUCUGGGGAGGGCCCUGGGCAGCGCUUGGGGACUUCAACAUGACGCCGUCGGAGUGGCCCAGGGUGCUGAAUGCUCAAGCAGCUGCGGCGGAGGAUGGCGCCCCCACAUGUUUCCCAGCAGUAGGUGAAGCCAGGUGCAUCGACUUCGCGCUGAUCUCGCAGGGCCUGGCGCCGUAUUUCGACCAGCUGGAGCUGCUCAGGACCGUGCCGUGGAAGCCGCGCAUCGGCAUCCGCUUGAAGUUGAAGGGGCGGCCUCUCAUGCUCAAGGGCAGGGUACUUCGCAGGCCAGCAGCCAUAAAGCCGCCAGUCACAGUCGAGAGAAUGCCGAAGUCCAGAGCCGCUUGCAGACGAGCGGCGCGCGGAGGCCAGGAGGCCAUGCGCCGACGUCAGCAAGCGUUGGCAGAGGCAGGAUGCGACCUGGACGAGAACGACAUGGAGCCAGUGCCGCAGCUGGACUACGACAAGGAGGUCCAGCACGUCAUCCCUGACGAGCUGUGGCAGGCCACCUCCGAGCGGGUCAGCGCGCGCGCCUGCGACGAGUUGCCCCAGCACUUGCAGCACGCAGUCGUCGGCAAGAUGAUGGAGCGGGACAUGCUGGACCUGGGGCAACAGUACGACCGCUUCGCAAGCACCCUCGAGCUCAGCCUGUGCGAGAGCAUCGGCAUCCCAGAGGAAGAGCGUGGACGACAUCUCGGGCACAGCAGGCCCCCGAGCUACAAGAGCGUGAGCAUCAAGGCGAGCGCAGCGGACCAUGGGAAGGCAGCUGGCCCCUGCUCUGAGAUGGGUCAGGGGUUCCCGUCCCCCGAGUGCGCCGCCACGGGACGCGUCCCAGACCUCGACGCGGGACGCAACACCAUGGACAUCCAAGAUCACGACCCCUUCGAGGACGAGGAGGACUACUUGGAGUACCGCCAGGAGAUCGCAGACCAGGAGAACAGCGAUGGGUACCACCAGCACAUCGAGGGGCAGCAGGACAGCCUCGAGUUCGGCCAGACCGCUCGACGCAGCGCCAUGGACGUCCAAGACCACGACCCCUUCGAGGAGGAGGAGGACUGCUUGCAGUACCGCCAGGAGACCGCAGAUCAGGAGGACUGCGACGGGCACCACCAGCUCAUCGAGGGGCAGCAGGACAGCAUCGACUACGGCCCAGAGGCAGAGGAGCCACGAGAUAUGGGCCUGCCCCCACCAGACCUCUGGAAUGAUGACCAGCACCAGCGGGAGCGGGAAGACUACGUGGCCAUGAGAGACGACCUGGAGUACUGGGCGGCCAUCUGGAUGGAUAACUUGGUGCAGCUCCCCACGGACAACAGCAACUGGAUGCAGAUCUGUGUGCCGUUCCUGGAGACCAUCUUGGGUGGCGGAGGCAACAAUGGCAUGGUGAGACUGCUCAGGCGUAGGUACCAGCAGGUCCGCACCCACAGCGGCCACCAGACGCAGCAGCAGAUCAACACAAGACGGCAGCUCGCGCAGCAGCUCAACCAGCCUGACCCAGGCAGGCUGAACGAAGAAGGUGCAGCCAAGGACCAGCAGCAGGCCCUCCUCACAGACCUGCACGCGAUAGCAGAGGGCGCCCUCGUGGACCCAGGGACGAUCAGCAGGGUAGCAGAGGAGGUAAAGAGCAUGGCCAAGCUACUCACAAAGGCGGUGAAGAAGGCGUACAUCUACUGGGUGCACGACGCCACGGCAGGCAGUGCGAAGAUGGCCCACGCCUACACCAAGGCAGCGGAGCGCAGCCACCUGGAGGACAUCCUUGAGCACGAGGGCCAGGUCAUCAACCACCCGCAGCAGCUGGUGGACUUGCGCAAAGAGGCAUGGCAACGCAGGUGGACACGAGAUGCACAGAAGGCCGAGAGGAUCCAAGAGGCGCUGGCCAAGCUGAGGCAGGCUGCCUUGGCCCAAGAGAAUGCCCUCGAGCCCAUCAGCAAGGACAUCAUCGGCUCCAUCAUCCAGCACCUGAAGCGCAAUGCUGGCCAAGGAGCGGACUGGUGGAGGGCUCCAGAGCUCAAGGCCAUGGGCGCCCAGGGGCUGGAAGACUUCGUGCAGUGCCUGACCAGCUGUGAGCAACGGGCAGCGUGGCCGUGA